GCUUAUGCCUUGGUCAUUGACGUCACUUCCUUGAGCAACGCCAUCAUUGCAUUCCACACCGUUCGAGCACUCGCGAUUAUCUGGUACGGUAUCAUUGAUCAUGAUGGCCAUCAUCCUUUUCAUUUCCUUUUUCGAAAACUGUUGAACUUGGAUCGCUGCCCACAAGUCUGAAUGCACGCUUGGAGUGCUCAGCGUAUCAUCCUGCUGCAUAAAAUAGCAACUAUCCAUAGUAACUUUGCCCGGCUGUUGGCUGUUUCAAAACCAUGGCAGCACAAAACAAAGACGAACAAAUAUCCAAUGAUACUCGGGAUCUCCCUUCGCACCAACAGCGACCCACAACUAGGACCAAGUUCCACGAUGACGUAACCAAGCUUCCCAAAGAAGUACGCAACAUAUUGGCGGGUGGAAUAGCUGGAAUGGUGGCCAAGACGGUUGUAGCUCCUCUGGAAAGAAUAAAGAUUUUGUACCAAGUAUCCGCGGAAAAGUUCACUUUGCGGAGGGUACCCGUAGUGGCAAUGAAUAUUAUACGACACGAAGGUCCCACUGCCCUGUGGAGAGGGAACACAGCCACCAUGCUCCGAGUAUUUCCGUAUUCUGGUAUACAGUUCAUGGUGUUUGAUAGGUGCAAAACCUACCUGUUGAGAGAACAUGAGCAACGAGAUCAGGUCCUGGUCAGACGACGCAACACAGAUCAAGCUAUCAAACUUUUUGGAUUGUCGCCCUUGGAAAGUCUCCUUUCAGGAAUGAUUGCUGGAGCAGUGUCGGUCUUGUGUACAUAUCCUUUGGACCUGACGAGGGCUCAACUGGCCUUGUACAAAACUCACCGACACGCCAAAAAUAUUGGGUUCAUUGGAGUCAUAAAACACAACUAUGGAAAGGGGGGUGUCCGUGGGCUAUUUCGAGGACUAACUCCAACAAUUCUCGGCAUACUGCCCUACUCUGGAAUCGCAUUCGCGUUGAACGAGCAAGGGAAGCGACAGGUCCAAUCCUGGCGCAAACGAGAUUUGACAACAAUCGAACGUAUGCAAUGUGGCGCAUUAUCUGGCCUCUUUGCUCAGACCUGUGCCUACCCUUUCGAGGUAACACGGAGACGAAUGCAAACGAUUGGUGUGGCACCCUUGGCGGGUAGUGAAGCGGCCACGAGCGCUCUGGGUCUCAACAGCGGUGAAGCCGGCACUGUCCGGAAACCGAGGAGCAUGUUGGGGACCAUGAGAGAACUCUACCGUGAACAAGGUGCUCGGGGUUUCGUUAAAGGCGUGACUAUGAAUUGGAUGCGAGGUCCCGUUGCCUUCUCCAUCAGUUUUACCAUUUUUGAUGUGAUACAAGGUUUGCUGGAAACCGAGUCAGAGCGCGCAUUGAGAUUGCCAUCGAAACUUCGAGAGAAGAAACAGUAAUCCUCCAAUCACGUACAUGCAUCAAGAUUUUCGCUACCGUACGAGUCAUCGGCUAACCACAGAACAUCCCGUUAAAAAGCAUUCAUUAGGCUACUACCUACCGGUGCCUCCGGUACCACCACUCCCAUUGGAUACUAAACAUAGAGCUUCUAGAUUGACUUCGCGUGGAGAUUUUGGAAAAAAAACAUAGAGCUUCUAGAUUGACUUCGCGUGGAGAUUUUGGAAAAUUGUUGCCGCUCGUGCAGGAGCUUUGCAAAGCGUCACGGUACCGGUAUGGGUAGAGAAAAGUGACCUGCCGACCUCGAAAAAAUGAAAAAAGGUUUUCAGAGCUCUGAAGCUCUUUGUCUCCGUUCUCGGCGCCUCUUCUCAUCUCUUUCAGCACGAAGCUGCUCACGUUGAAGCACUCUCUCGAUUUCACGUUCAUCCAUUUCUCCCUGCAUGGUUUCCAUCUUUCUCUCAAACGCAUUUAUCUUUCGAUCCACCGCUGUGAGUUCCUCCUCACUAAGCAGCUUGCGGCCAGAAACAUGAUUAUCUUUUGUUUCACGAGCUUCCUCCAAAAGCUUUUGGAGAUGCUCCUUCCUUCGUUCUCGAUUGGCAAUGAUUUCCUCUCUCUAUUGUGUUCACGAUGACAGGAAACAGGAAGCACCAACUAAACGGUCAGCGCAGCAAACCAUCACCUCUUGACCAGUCUUUUCCCAUUUCUUACCGUCGAGCCAUAACUAGCAAGAGCAGAACCAAGAAGUGUUACCAAAACAAUCAGCAGCAGUCGCAUGGAGACCUUCAUUUUCGCUGUCAGGUGUUGCUUGGUUGGCUUCGAUAUUGUCUCCUCUUGAGUGGCUCCAACAACUGCCUCUUCGGUGGCUUCGACAACUGCCGCGGUCCCUCUCGGUGCUCUGCUUCGGGAUCGAUGUGGUCUAUUGAUGGACCAGGCAGCUGGCCAGCUGAUGUGCUCUAUUGGACCUGUCCCGGAACACAAUGGAAUGGUGGUUGGUCGCUGUUUUCGAUGUAAUUCGUCCAGGCAAAUUGCAAACGGCCAAAAAACGCAGAAUUUGCGGUUUUGGAAUUUGGAUCCUUUCAUCAGGCCAUGACUGGCAUGUCAAACAAGAUGAAACCACCAAACCGUGAAAUUAGCAGAAAGGUGUCGGUUUUGGGCAAAAUGCAUCUUUCAACCCUCCUCCGCCCGGCCGCUUGAAGACCGAAGACAUGAACGGAAAAGAACAAUUUUUUGACC